AUCCAUGGUCUACGCCAUGAAAAUCUGAAUCCUCUGAUAGGAUGUUUAAACGAGCCAACAAGACCGUGCCUUGUUUACGAAUAUUGUUCAAGAGGAUCGUUAGAGGAUGUACUAGUGCAAGACGAGAUCAAACUCGAUUGGUCCUUUAGAUUAUCAUUUCUUACCGAUCUUGUGCGGGGUAUGAGAUAUCUUCAUAGUACGCCAGUACGUGUACACGGUUAUCUUACAUCGCGGAAUUGCGUUAUCGAUGCUCGCUGGGUUCUCAAGGUAACCGAUUACGGACUGCCUGUUUUUUACGAAGCACAAAAUAUCGUUCCUUCGACAAAAAACGCUAGAGAUCUUUUGUGGACGGCACCCGAAUUGUUAAGGCAACCAAAUCUUCGGAAGAAAGGAACGCAAGCAGCAGAUGUUUAUAGUUUUGGUAUUAUUAUGCAGGAAGUAGUAGUUCGCGGAGAACCAUUUUGCAUGCUUGCUUUGUCUCCAGAAGACAUCAUUGAAAAAGUGAUGAAACCACCGCCACUGAUUAGACCGUCAGUAAGUAAAGGCGCUGCACCACCGGAAGCGAUAAAUAUUAUGCGUCAAUGUUGGGCAGAAGCACCAGAUAUGAGACCCGAUUUUAACGAUGUUCACGAUCUUUUCAAAAAGCUCAACCAUGGGAGAAAAGUCAACAUUGUUGAUACGAUGUUCCAAAUGUUGGAAAAGUACUCGAACAAUUUGGAAGAAUUGAUACGCGAACGUACGGAACAAUUAGACAUGGAAAAAAAAAAAACGGAACAAUUAUUAAAUCGAAUGUUGCCCAGCUCUGUUGCGGAGAAAUUGAAACUAGGUAUGCCCGUUGACCCUGAAGAAUUUCGAGAAGUAACAAUCUAUUUCUCGGACAUUGUUGGUUUCACUACCAUCUCCGCGCAUUCAACCCCAUUUCAAGUAGUUGAUCUUUUAAACGAUUUAUACACCUGCUUUGACGCUACGAUCAACGCAUACACUGUAUAUAAGGUGGAAACAAUAGGAGACGCUUAUAUGGUUGUAGGUGGUUGUCCGGUAAGAAUACCAGACCAUGCUUCUCAAAUAGCUACCAUGGCUCUCGAUUUACUACAUCAAAGUGGAAAAUUCAAACUGAAACAUCUGCCCAGAACUCAACUGAGACUUCGUAUUGGCCUUCAUACUGGCUCUUGUUGUGCCGGUGUUAUUGGCCUGACUAUGCCAAGAUAUUGCCUUUUCGGUGAUACCGUUAACACUGCAUCGAGAAUGGAGUCUACUGGUGCACCAUGGCGUAUUCAUCUUAGUCAAGCAACAAGAGAUCGACUGACUCAGGUGGGUGGAUAUCAGAUCGAAUACCGUGGACCGACAGAAGUUAAAGGCAAGGGAAAGAUGCCUACUUAUUGGUUACUAGGGAAACAAGGUUUCGAUAAGGAACUUCCAGCACCACCGCCACUUGGGGAAAACCAUGGGCUGAACGAGAGUUUGAUAUUGGAGAGUUUAACGAACGAAGAAAGCACCGUAUCACCAGACGUUAGUUCCGUGCCCAUGGAUCUAUCAUGCGAAGACACAAAAGGAGAAGCUUAUGACAACGAAUGUCAUAAUGUGAACAUCGACGAUAAUAAAGUCGAAAAUAUCAACAAAAAUCCAGAAACGUGUAGAGUUGCAGUCUCUGUGCACAACGAACAAUCUGUGCAUGAUUCAAAUUCUUUUUCGAAAUCAAUGGUUAACACAUUGGAAAUUUUAUCGUCAAAGAAAAAAUCGAGCGAAAGAGAAAGCGAUGAUGCUAAUCCAGCCACUGUUAUCAAGACUACUACUUGCAACGAUACUCAAACAUCUUUAGGAACAUCUGCUAUAUUUUAUACGGAAACAACUAUUCUUGGCGCAUCUACCAGUUCUCUUACGUCAAUUUCAAGCUCAACUACAGUCCCUUAUAGACCAGGUCCGGCAAGACAUCGGAGGAUAGGUUAUAUCGAUGAGAACGACUUGAGUACGCCAUAUAAUCAUUACAGAUGUCUCUCUCCAAACGAACAUUAUGGGAAAAGCACAGGUUGUCGUUUCUUGAAAAGGCAGUUCAGUUUAGAUCGCCCAGAUGAGACAGUUUGCCUCGGUUUCACUGAACAAGGUAACUAUCAACCGCAACUACAGCACCAUCAUUAUCAUCAACAACAACAACAGCAGCAGCAGCAGCAGCAGCAGCAGCAGCAACUACAACCGCAACCACUAUCAUUGCAACAGCAAAACAUAAACACAGUACCAAGACUGUACAAGCAAAAUAGCGCGGGAGCAGCGAAUGAUUUGGAACGUAUCGAAGAAGUACCAUCUACUCCAGCUUCUCUUCUUCAACACUAUAGACAAGCCGCAUCUGUUUCUCUUUCAGUAGAAUCUUUAACGCUACGUUGAAGAAUAUUCCAUUUUAUAGUUGGUUAAAAUGUCGAUCGGUGAGCACUUGCAAUUAAAAUUUUACAAAAUAUAUGACAAUCGUCACAUAUUCGUGGACUUUCGGAUAUGUUCUCUGUAUACAAGAUGUUAAAUUUCUAAGAUGAUAACAAAAGAGCAGUCGUGCGAACUGAAAAUAUUCCUUAUCCAGUUAUAAUUGUUUCUUACAAUUUUAUGAUAUUGAUAAUGGAUCGAUAAUCAAUUGAUAAUUAAUCUCUGAUUACAAUCGCGAAAUAUGGCGAAAAGUUCAUAUACAUACAUAUAUGUAUCCAUUUAUCGCGUAUGACAAUCUCUGUUACGUAGGCAUGCAUAUGUAUAGAACGUACAAAUUAAUUUUCUGUUUUUUCUAACUAUUUCUUUGGUAAUAAAUAUUUCUUUAUUUAUUUCUUUAGUGAUGAACACGUCGAAUUGUCGAUAGCGUGUGAAAUGUUUAUUAAAAGUGGGUAAGCUGAUUACCGAAUUGAUUUUAGACAAGAGUUCGUGUCAAAAAUGUCAAUUUAUAUAUGUUAUGUAUUAUAUAAUACAUAUGUAAUAUAUUAUAUAUGCUAUAUAUAUGUU